GGAGCCAAUGAUCCCAUGCGAAAAGCAUGAGCACGCAUCGUCACAUCGAUCUGCGGACCGCCAGCUACGAGUCGUGAAGCAAGACUCCCCAUCCUCCCAACGAUGCUCGCGCGAUGCGUCUGGCUCUUCCAUGUGUAUGUGCUGUCAUCGCAUCUGCGACCAGCCAGAGAGCCAUGCAGACACUGGGCCUCGCUGCCAGGAUGCAGGCUAUUGGCAGAGCAGAACCAAACUCGCAUACCUCGACUGUCCAGCAAAGCCAGCCUUGGUUCGUCACAAGGAAACGAAAGGUGGAGAUCGCUUCGGCGGGGAGCAGGAUCCGUGAAUGCAGCGGACGGUGCAGCGUAUGGGCCGAUCGGACACGUUGGCAGCUUUGACGAGCACCGUCUCCGUCCAAGCUGUGCGCGUACCUGAAUGAAAGAAGUGAGAGGCGGUACUUACCGCAGACAAGCCGAUACUAAGCAAUGCAGAACACGUUCUUGU